GAAUAUGUUUGGUUUGGAUACAAAGCAAUCAUGGCUAACACAUGUAUGACGUAUGGUGUUGCGAAAUGAUACAUACAUGUGGUUCAACUUUGGAAACUCUUGAAGUGGAAUUCAGGUCCGAUUCAGGGAAGAGAGCAUACUAGCCAGGUGACAUGGCGGAUGAGCGGGUCUGCAAACAGUUUAUGAAGGCGUGCAAGCUCUCUGGAAGUGAGGACGCCACCACUAUGACGCGCAUGUGUAGCCGGAACAUCCGGCGAUUCUUCUGGGAUGACGUGGCUGAUUUGGAGGGCGUGGACAUGCGCCACUGCGAGGAAAAGGUUUUCAAGAAUCUCAUGAACAAAAAACAUCAACACAUUAGGGUGGACCCUGCUCAUGUUGACGCUUACAUCACAAACCUCGCCCACGAAAUCACGAAGAUCAAGAGGGGCGAUACAAAACUACCCAGGGACGAUCCAAGAGUUACCGUUACCAAGGAGUUGUUGGAAAACAUCGUCCGCAAUACAAAAGUAAUGCUGACAGGAACCAUUGAGAAGCCUAACGAUGGUCGAGAUCCCGUGCAAGGGAAGGGUGGGAAACCGGGGGCGAAGCUGCACGAGAAAGCGGAGCCGAACCGAACGAUGGAGAACAUGAACUACCGCUUUAGGCGGCCUGACCUUCCCAAGGGCAUGAAACACGUAUUUGACUUGAGACAUGGGAAGCCUAUUGUGAUUGCGAAGCGGGACUACGGGAACCUGUCAUAGGCCUCUUGCAAUGCCACUUUCUGCUGGAACUUUAAGAUGAUAUAAAGGUGUUUAUAUCGAUUUUUGUACACGAUUUCCAAAUACUUUGGACAAACAUUGUUUAUGAAAAGUGUGCGUUGGACGUGCUCACUUAUCGAAGUUGUAAAGGCAUAGCAAACUGAAACUGGUUUUAUUUUUUCUAUAUAUGUUAUGGCAUUUUAAUAAAUGCCCGUUUUUCAUUCAAACGGUGUUUGUUUUCCUUCAAUCCAUACUAGUUCGACUUCCCUGUACAUAACGUAACUUUGACCUUGGACAAUUACAUAAAUUUGUACGUAGUUCUCACUUUUAGUUACACUUUGUGAAGCUCCAAUGGAACCUUUUUAUUUCUCAACUUAUUUUUAAAUCAAACUAUUGAUUACAUUUAUCCAUUUACAACUAAAAUAAAUCCGUACAAAACAACCCAUAAGGGUUCUAAUCAGAAUAUCAGUCAAUGAAAAAGUGCAGCUAAUAUCUGAGGGCGUCCUAGUAUCUUGUUACAUUGUGGUUUGUCUUCAAAGGUUUUAUUUAUACAAAACAAGCAGCUGACUAUCAAUUCAUGAUCGAUUAUAUAGAUCUACUGUCGUGGCAUUUUGAACAUGUAACCGAUAAGCUAUUGUCAAUGAUUGAGUUAUAUAGUGCAUACGUUCUGCACUUGGUUUUAUUGUGGUGUAUUUAAACAGACGUAAAUAAAUCGUAUCUCAACGAUUUCCAUAAUAUUGCACCUGAAGUAGAUGAAUGGAUCAGUGAGAUAUGGGCUUGGGUUUAUGAUUAAUGUUCAAGUAUUGAUUGUCGUAAUGUUCAAGUAUUGAUUGUCGUAAUGUUCAAGUAUUGAUUGUCGUUAUGUUCAAGUAUUGAUUGUCGUAAUGUUCAAGUAUUGAUUGUCGUAUUGGUCAAGUAUUGAUUGUCGUAUUGGUCAAGUAUUGAUUGUCGUAAUGUUCAAGUAUUGAUUGUCGUAUUGGUCAAGUAUUGAUUGUCGUAAUGUUCAAGUAUUGAUUGUCGUAAUGAUAUUAAAGUUCACCCUUUAAAUCAUUAAAACGCUUUAUGCUUGAAGUUUAUUCAUUUCCCAAAGAAAUAUUUCAUCGAGUUUCAUAAGCAUCUGAAGCUUACGGUGGCAAUGAUGUGACAUUCGUGUUAUUAUUCAAUCUCGUUAAAACAAUUUGCGUAUUUGGUUUUAAAGACUAAGUUACUCAUUCAAACGACUGCGUAUUUCGAUAAACGCGACUAACGCAUCUCGCGUCAAUGACAAUCAGACUUGUGUAAUAAUUUCACUCGAAUUACAUACAAGAGCCACACUCCAUCGAUGUUGAUGCGCGGGUAUAUAAGGCGAUUCUAGUAUCAAUUAAACGUGAUACAUAAGACGUUUUUAUAUAAUUGUCCAAGAUCAAAGUUACGUUAUGUACACCGAAAUCGAACUAGAAUGGGUUGAAGGAAAGUUUAAAGCUGCACUCUCACAGAUUGAACGUUUUGACAUUUUUUUUUUUAUUUUUUUUUGUCUUGGAACGAGCCAAUUUUUACAAAAAUCCAUAAAAAAACACAGUUAUAUAAGACUGCUGACAAAAUUCAGAUCACAGAUUUUAUAUUUAAGUACCAAAAAUGAUAUUUUAAGCAUUUUUCUUAACCGUUUAAGCCAUAAUACAUUGAUUUUCGUACCGAAAUAUGAAAAUCUACGAUCUUAUUUUUGUCAGCAAUCUUAUAUCAUUGGUUUGCAGAUAUUUACGCAAAAAGUUGCUCUUUCCAAGACAAAAUAAAAAAGUUGUUAAGAUGGUCAGUCUGUGAAGCAGCUUUAAACGAGAAACCAAGUCGUUUUGACGACAUACGUUAGUUGUUUUAGCGUGUCAUUUUGCAUUUUAACAAGAUAUCUUGGUCGUUUAAACGAAAUACAUAAGUCGUUUAACUUUUUUUAAUCGUUUUGACCAGAUACGUAAGUCGUUUAAACGAGAUACAAAGUUUUUUAACGAAAUACGAAAGUCGUUGUAACGAGAUAAAAAAUAAUACGUUUUGUCACCUGUCUGCCAUCGAAGAAGCUUCUUAAAAAUAUGUUAACUUCCGUUUGAAAUUCCAAUGCGCUGAAUAAAUGAAAGUGGCAAA